AUGGCAUCCCUGAACCUCUCCACAAAUGGCCCCUCCAUAUCGAAGAGUUACCAGUCGGUGGUCAAUGCAACUCUCCCGACAGGCAGCGCGGCCUCACCGACUUAUGGCCACUGGGCCGUCUUUUCCGUUUCCACUCCUCUCGUCAAUGCUUUCCAGCCAGAUGCGGGUAACAAGGAGAGUGUGCUCAAGGUCCAGAGCUCUGGAGAGGGUGAACUGGAUGACCUCAUCGAGGAAUUCUCCGAAGGCCGCGUACAAUUCGCCUACGUGAAGGUGACAGAUCCAAACACUGGACUGCCCAAGAACGUUCUCAUCGCCUGGUGCGGUGAAGGCGUGCCUGAGCGCACAAAGGGCUACUUUACCAGUCAUCUGGCGACUGUAUCCAAGCUUCUUCACGGAUACCAUGUCCAGAUCACAGCGCGCGCCGAUGGUGAUCUCUCUCCGGCAGGGAUUGUGCAGAGAGUGGCAGAUUCCUCGGGCGCCAAGUACUCUUCCUCUGAAUCUCAAGGUGCCGGAGGCUCAUCGGUACCCGCUGGGCCUCGGCCUCCCGUUGCGAGUAAGCCGGUGUUCACCCCAUCUCGCUCGGGGGGUAUUGUCCCAACCCCUAGCGCUCGUGCCGUGCCGCCAGUUUCAUCCGCCAAGGUCGACGACGAUGGCUGGGGCGAGGAUGCUCCCCCAGUCACUCGCACCCAGCUCGAGAAAGUUCAGUCGGCCUACCAGCCUACGCGAGUCAACCUUCAGCAAUUGAAGUCAGAGAAUCAAGCUCCGACUCGGCAGAUCCCUGCUCCGGCCCCCCAAGAACGAGAGGACGUGGUGAAGGGAGGUUACCAGCCUAUUGGUAAAGUCGACAUUGCAGCGAUCAGGAAGCAAGCCGCAGAGUCGGGCCAGUUAAAGGACGACCGACCAGCUCCCGUGAAAGGCACAUACGAGCCCGUGGGCAAGGUCGACAUUGCGGCCAUCCGUGCGCGGGCGCAGAAGCCUGAUGAGACCGCCGACGCCGCUGCCGUUCCCUCUGCCAACGUCCCUAGCCCGGCACCUCGCAAUGAGCCCUCUGCCCCCGCCGAGCGGUCUAUCCCCAUCUCCCCGGCGGGACGUCUCACUGAUCUUCCGAAGCCCAAGGUGGCCAACAAGUUUGGCUCGGGCCCUGCUUUCCCCGGCACCAAACCACCAUUGCCGGUGGGUCUCGGGGGGCCCUCCGCCAAUGCGCCGGUGCAGGUCGGAGCGGCCAGCCGUACCUUUGCCGACAAAGAUGGCAAGACGCCUGCGCAGCUGUGGGCGGAGCGUAAGGCGAAGGAGCGUGGGGAGGCUGCACCGGCCGCCAAACCCUCGGCGCAGCCCCUGCAGAGUCAGACUAGCGGUCAGGGCGAAUGGAAAAGCUCCUACACUGGGAAGUCUUGGGCUGCCGUCAAGACUGUCCAGGAUGCGACGCCCUCGUCGCAAGCGCCCGAUGCCGCCGCGUCUGAGCCUACCGCUCGAGAGGCCGAGCCCGCCCCUGCUCCGCACGUGCAGGACAUUCGUAGCCAGUUUGCUCAAGACUCUGCGCCCUCCAUCCCUCAGACGAGCCGACCGGUUCCUCUACCUGGUCUGUCCGCUCCGACCGGUCAACCGGAACCGCAGCAGGAUGAACAAGAACACGAGCCAGAGCAGCACGAGCACGAACCCGAACCCGAGCGCCAGGCGGAGUUCGAGCCGGAGGCUCACCAGGAAUUGCCCACGCCGCCCCCGCAGCCACCACGAUCUCCCACCCCACCAACUCCUCCUGCGGUCCGGGAGAGCUCACCAAUUCGGAUAGCGAUGCCGGUGAGCAGUAGCAGCGUGGCCGAUGCACACGAGGAGCAGCAGUCCCCCCCUCCGGCGAUGCCCAUUCGAAGCCUCCAGGCGGUUGUUCCCGAUGAGAAAGAAUUGGAGGACGACUCGCACCAAGACAUUGGCCGGGCCGCAGCGGAGGCUAUCACGGAAACAUCUGCUCCCGGACAAGCCACGGCAGACAUUCGGGCCAUUGUUCAAUUCGACUACGAGAAAGCAGAGGACAACGAGGUUGAGCUUCGUGAGGGCGAGCAGGUCACUGAUAUUGAGAUGGUCGACCAGGAUUGGUGGUUGGGCGUCAACUCUCGCGGUGAACGGGGUCUCUUCCCGGCCAACUAUGUCGAGGUCAUCGAAGGAGACGACCACGAUCAGACCGCGGCUGCCCCGUCCACUUCCCACUAUGCCCCCGAACCUGAGCCUGCGCACGAGCCCGAGCCCGAGCCCGUGGCUGCCCCCGUGCAGCGCGCCGCGCCUACUGCAGCAGCAUCCGGCCAUCCUACCGCGACCGCCUUGUACGACUAUGAGGCCGCAGAGGAUAAUGAGCUGAGCUUCCCUGAGGGUGCACAGAUCACGAACGUGGAAUUCCCCGACGAUGACUGGUGGCUUGGCGAGUACAAGGGUGCUCGCGGUUUGUUCCCAGCCAACUAUGUUGAGCUGAAUCAAUAA